AUGAAAGUGGCAGUGGUGGGUGCAGGUGUCAGUGGGCUGACUGCCACCAAGUGCUGCUUGGAUGAGGGGUUGGAGCCCACCUGCUUCGAGAAGAGCCAGGACAUCGGUGGGGUCUGGCGCUUCACGGAGCACAUUGAGGAUGGCCGGCCAAGUGUCUAUGCAUCAGUCAUCAGCAACACCUCGAAGGAGAUGUCAUCAUACUCUGACUUCCCUUACCCUGAGGACUUCCCAGUGUUCCUGCCCAAUGCCCAGUUCCUGGAAUACCUUCGGCGUUAUGCUGAGCACUUCAGUCUCCGGAAGCACAUCAAAUUUGGGACCACUGUCACCAGCAUCCGGAAACACCCUGACUUUGCCACCACAGGCCAGUGGGAUGUGGUCACAGAGCUGGAUGGGAAGCAGACGCUGCAUGUCUUCGAUGCUGUUAUGGUUUGCAUUGGCAACCACUCUGAGCCGUCCCUUCCCCUGCACUCUCUUCCUGGCAUCGAGAAGUUUCAAGGGCAGUACUUCCACAGCCAGCAGUACAAGCAUCCUGCCCUGUUUCAGGGGAAGCAUGUCCUCGUGGUGGGCAUGGGCAACUCAGGAGUGGACAUUGCGGUGGAGGCCAGCCGUGUAGCUGCGAAGGUGACUAUCAGCACCAGCCGAGGCGCCUGGCUGCUCAGCCGUGUGCAUGACCAUGGCUACCCAUGGGACAUGGUUUUCAACACUCGCCUUACUAGCUUGAUCAGAAACAGCCUCCCUGGACCCCUUUCACAGGAGCUGAUUAACUACAAGGUGAACCAGAGAUUAAAUCAUGAAAACUACGGCCUUCAACCAGAGAAGAGCUGCCUGGUGCGUGAGCCUGUGCUGAACGAUGACCUGCCAAGCUACAUCCUGACGGGAAGAAUCACCAUCAAGCCGGGUGUGAAGGAGUUCAAGCACAAUGUGGUUGUUUUCCACAACUGCCCUGAGGAGGAGCCUGUAGACAUUGUCGUCUUCUGCACGGGCUAUGACAUCUCCUUCCCAUUCCUAGAAGAAGAGGUGGUCAAGGUGGAAAACAAGCAUGCAUCCCUCUACAAAUACAUAUUCCCCACGCACCUGCAGAGGCCCUCCCUGGCCGUCAUUGGGCUGGUCAAGACGCUGGGAGCCAUGAUGCCCGUGGCAGAGAUGCAAGCGCGCUGGGCGACCCGCAUCUUCCAAGGCUUGUGUCAAUUGCCACCUCAAUCUGUCAUGGAGAAGGAAGUAAAUGAGAAGAAGAAAAACCAAGUGCGAAGGUUUGGGCUGUCCUUUGACGAAGUGCUCAGAACUGAGUGGGUGGUCUACAUGGACGAGCUCGCCUCGCUCAUCGGCGCCAAGCCCAGCCUGCUGGGGCUGCUCUGCAGAGACCCUCGGCUGGCACUCACUGUUUUCUUUGGCCCUUGCACCCCCUACCAGUAUCGGUUGGAGGGUCCUGGAAGCUGGGAGGGGGCACGCCAGGCCAUCUUCACCCAGUGGGACCGAAUCCUGAAGCCCACGAGAACACGAGUCCCUGCUAGCUCCUCUAGCUUGUGCCCUUCUAUUCUUGUUGUGGUAGGGUUGCUUCUGCUUCUGACUGCCCUGUUUUUAGGUUUCCAGUAG